CCGUUUACGUUGGACCCGUGUUUCGCGCGCUCGUUCGCCGUUUCAGACAUCAACAAGUGUCGUGGUCGUCGCGCGCGCGGCCGUCGCGUUAACGAUAGGAAAAUAGAAAAUCCGAAAUAAACAGCGAGUAACUGUGUGGUCGUCGAACGCGGUAAACUAAAUCGUCGUCGCCGCCGCAAAUAAUAUAUCAUUAUUGUUUAUUCGUCGUGAAGAAAUUCAAUACAAAAAUGGAAUCUGAGCCGGUAAUUGUGGUGGAUCAAGAAAAUUGUUUUAAUGAAGAAGAUGAAGAUAUAGAUGAUGUGGCCGGAAAUGGGCAAGGAUGUCCUGAUAAUCCUCCGCAGGACCCCUUUUUCCUAUCGCCUUUCAGAGACAUGCGGAAACGCUCAUUACCGACACCGCAAUGCACAUCGGGAAUAACUGCUAGUCAAGUGCGAAGGUUGAGCGACCAGGGAGCGGCCGGUGCGGCUGCCCGAGAAAAGGCGUUCUUAGCCACGUUGACCAAGGCGCCUGGGCCCUACACACCGGGUCGCCGACAUUCGGUCAUCACGAUAUCGAAGGCGCCCAUGCCGUUGUUCGGCCGCAACAGACGUGAAUCAAUUGCCGCUUUCCCCAGCAAGGGUCCGAGGGCGAAUCGCAGAGAUUCGGCCGGCGGUGCUACACCGUCGCCCACCGGUAGCCAAUUCAACUUGCAGUUGGACAUCAUGGAUGAUAUAGCAGACAUUAAGGCAGCUCGAAAGGUCAGAAUGAAGAUGUGGCAAACCGAGGAUAAGGAAAAAAUGUGCGAACUACAGUCGAUGGACGGCGAAAACAAACAAAUGUCCAGGUUCAAGGAGGCCAGGAGGUAUUCCAACAUCGACACGUGCGAAAAAAUCGCUCCGCCCAUACCGGCUCGACGACGCGCGUCGGAGCUGCCUCCCAACUCGUCGACACAGCAAGCCGGUAAAUCGUCAUCGGCGUCCCCUCAAUCGUCCGGAAUCGUGUGCACGAACACCGAUCUGCUGUCGAUAAUGAACUCGUUGAAGUCGUCCGCCUCGAAAGCGUUGCAGUCGACCAAAGGCGGCCCGCGGCAACGGGGCAGCAGCAAGACCACGGACAGCCUCCCGACGGGCGUCGUCGGCGACGUCGGCGGCGGCGGAGGAGGAGACCGCCGUCGGGACGUGCUCCGGUCCGGCCGGUCCAACAGCGUGGACGUGGCCAACAUAGGCGCGGCGGCGGCCAUGGCGGCCGCGGCCGCCGGCAACAGCACCAGGAACUGGUUCAGGAAAAUGUCCACCCGCACGGCGACCGCGGUGACGAUGGGUGGCCAGCGGGCCGACGCCGAGUGCGCGGAACAGCGUCUGGCCACCGCGGGCGGCGAUUACGUGGUGCAAAAGUCACCGGUCGUCGUGACGUUCGCCGACGAACGGCCCAAGGUGUCGCUGCUGAUCGAGCCGGCGACCGGUUGCAAACCGGACAAACACGCGUCGCCGAUGUCCCCGCCGCCGCCGCCGCCACAGCCGCCGCCGCCGCCGUCCGCUGUCGACAAGAAGUCGAAACUCGACGGCGACGACGUGGUGGUGUGGGACCGGCCCACCGGCUCGGUGGUCAACGCGGAGGUGUUGGGCACGGCCAUCGAGGGCUUCUUGGCCGCCAAGAAGACGGGCGACAGCGCGGACGCGUCGCCGACCGCCGACGGCGAGCUCCACGACCACCCGCAGCAGCCGCCCGGCGGCAAGCCCGUGGCCAAACCGUCGGCCGACCCGAACACGGCCGCCCGCACGUGCGACACGUCCAUCUGUUCGUCGCUCAAAGACCUGUUCGUCAAAUAG